AUGCGGGUGGCCCCAGUUGCCCUGCUGGCCCUGGCCUGGGUGGCCCUGGUGGGUGCUGGGACACCGGUGACGGGACGGGUGGCCCAACUGGUGACCGACUUCGGGUUGCGGCUCUUCCGGGAGGCAGUGGGACGCCGAGGGGACACCAAUGCCAUCUUUGCACCCCAAGGGGCCACCGCCGUCCUGGUGGCCCUCCAGUUGGCCACCGCCGGGCAUGGCCGUCGCCAGCUCGAUGUCGCCAUGGGCUUCAGCAUCAAUGAUCCAGGGAUGGCGGCGGAGCUGCGGGCGCUGCGCCAGGAGUUGAGGGGACCCAGUCACCUCCUGGCCGUGGCCGAGGGACUUUUUGUGGGGCGGGGGCUGGCGCUGACCCCCGGCUUCGUCCCCCGCUUCAUCCGCACCCUUGGCCCCCGGCGCCUGGUCAGGGUCGACUUCCAACGCGGGGAGGGUGCUCGUGCCCUCCUCGAUGCCUGGGUGCGGGAGCAGACACAGGGUGAGGACCUUGGGGGCCUG